GUGGUGCGACCAUACCAGACGAUGUCCAAUCCCAUGAGUAAGUUGACAGUGCUCAACAGUAUGCAUUCUCAUUUUAUUUUGGCUGACAAUGGCACUACUGGUAAAUAUGGAGCAGAGGUGAAGCUUCGUAGACAGCUGGAAAAGCACAUUUCACUUCAGAAGAUAAAUACAAGAAUUGGUCAAGGAGUUCCAGUGGUGGCCCUCAUUGUGGAAGGUGGUCCCAAUGUUAUCUCCAUUGUUCUGGAGUACCUGCGAGACACUCCUCCUGUUCCCGUUGUGAUAUGCGAUGGCAGUGGUCGGGCAUCUGACAUCCUUGCCUUUGGUCACAAAUACUCUGAAGAAGGAGGACUUAUCAACGAGUCUUUGAGGGACCAGUUGCUAGUUACCAUACAGAAGACUUUCACAUACACCCGAACCCAGGCGCAGCACCUCUUCAUUAUCCUCAUGGAGUGCAUGAAGAAGAAGGAGCUGAUCACAGUAUUUCGCAUGGGAUCAGAAGGACACCAGGAUAUUGAUUUAGCUAUCCUGACAGCAUUACUAAAAGGAGCUAAUGCAUCUGCUCCCGACCAGCUGAGCCUAGCAUUAGCCUGGAACAGAGUAGACAUCGCCCGCAGUCAGAUCUUUAUUUACGGGCAACAGUGGCCGGUGGGCUCCCUUGAGCAAGCAAUGCUGGAUGCACUGGUGUUGGACAGAGUGGAUUUUGUGAAAUUACUCAUAGAAAAUGGAGUAAGCAUGCAUCGUUUUCUCACCAUCUCCCGGCUAGAGGAAUUGUACAAUACGAGACAUGGACCAUCCAAUACUCUGUAUCAUCUAGUCAGGGACGUCAAAAAGCGAGAAUAUCCAGGUUUCGGUUGGAUCUAUUUUAAGGGAAACUUACCUCCUGAUUAUCGGAUAAGUCUGAUUGAUAUUGGUUUGGUGAUAGAGUACCUGAUGGGAGGAGCAUAUCGCUGCAAUUACACCCGAAAACGGUUCAGAACACUGUACCACAAUUUAUUUGGGCCCAAGAGGCCUAAAGCCCUGAAACUGUUGGGAAUGGAGGAUGAUGUCCCUUUGCGGCAAGGGAGGAAAACAACAAAAAAAAGAGAAGAAGAAGUUGAUAUUGAUUUGGAUGACCCUGAAAUCAAUCAUUUCCCCUUCCCAUUCCAUGAGCUGAUGGUGUGGGCUGUGCUGAUGAAGCGUCAGAAGAUGGCCCUCUUCUUUUGGCAGCAUGGGGAAGAGGCUAUGGCUAAAGCACUGGUGGCCUGUAAACUCUGCAAAGCCAUGGCCCAUGAAGCAUCAGAAAACGACAUGGUGGAUGAUAUAUCCCAAGAGCUGAACCGUAAUUCCAGGGACUUUGGCCAGUUGGCGGUGGAGCUGUUGGACCAGUCGUACAAGCAGGACGAGCAACUUGCAAUGAAACUGCUGACCUACGAGCUGAAGAACUGGAGCAAUGCCACGUGCCUGCAGCUCGCAGUGGCAGCCAAGCACAGGGACUUCAUUGCUCACACUUGCAGCCAAAUGCUGCUCACAGACAUGUGGAUGGGUCGUCUCCGGAUGCGCAAAAAUUCUGGCCUAAAGGUAAUUCUAGGAAUUCUACUUCCUCCUUCAAUCCUCAGCUUGGAGUUCAAGAACAAAGAUGAUAUGCCUUACAUGUCCCAAGCCAACGAGAUCCAUCUCCAAGAGAAGGAGCCAGAGGAACCAGAGAAGCCAGUGAAAGAAAAAGAGGAUGAGGACAUGGAACUCACCGCAAUGCUGGGACGAGGGAAUGGAGAGUCCUCAAGAAAGAAAGAGGAAGAGGAAGUUCAGAGCAGGCACAGACUGAUCCCUGUUGGAAGAAAGAUUUAUGAGUUCUACAAUGCUCCCAUCGUUAAAUUUUGGUUUUACACA